CGCUGACGUGAGGACGACGUGCGGCUCCGCCCGGCCCGGUCCCCCCCACCCCCUGUGACGGGGGCAGCACGUACAGGGCGGCGGACUGAUGACCAUGGAAAUGGUUGAACAGGAUGACAAUGCAGUGGAUUCUCUGACAGAGAGAAGUGCUGGUCACCUUCAGAAUCAGCCAGGCCAGAAUCAGAUUUCCUCAGGAUCUGAGGUUUCUGUAGCUGCUUCCAGUGCUGGAAGAGGAUCUCCAGCUGUAACUCUAGUGCAGUUGCCUUCUGGUCAAACUGUUCAUGUCCAGGGUGUCAUUCAAGCCACACAGCCCUCAGUCAUUCAGUCACCACACAUGCAAGCUGUUCAGGUAGCAUCGAUUGCAGAUGAAGCUGCACAAUCAGAAGUGAUAAUUGAUUCUCAAAAACGUAGGGAAAUACUUUCAAGAAGGCCUUCAUACCGAAAAAUUUUGAAUGAGCUCUCCUCAGAUGCACCUGCAGUAGCGAAGAUUGAAGAAGAAGAGAAGUCAGAAGAUGAAGGAACGCCUUCUGGUAUUUCUGCAGUGGCCAUGCCAACCAGCCUGUAUCAUACUAACACAGGGCAAUACCUUACAAUUUCUCAAGGUGGUACAAUUCAGGCUGUGACAAAUUCGGGAGCUCCUCAGCCAGGUGCUACCAUUGUGCAAUAUGCAGCACAGUCAUCUGAUGGCACACAACAGUUUUUUGUUCCUGGAAGCCAAGUUGUUGUUCAAGCUGCCACUGGAGACAUGCCAGCUUACCAGAUCCGAACUCCCACAACCACCUUACCUCAGGGAGUGGUGAUGGCAGCCUCGCCAGGGACGCUGCACAGCCCUCAGCAAAUGGCAGAAGAGGCCACACGCAAGAGAGAGCUGAGACUUUUGAAAAAUAGGGAAGCUGCUAAAGAAUGUCGACGUCGGAAGAAAGAAUACAUAAAAUGUCUGGAGAGUCGUGUUGCAGUGCUAGAAGUUCAGAACAAGAAACUUAUACAGGAGCUUGAAACCCUAAAAGACAUUUGCUCUUCCAAAACAGAUUAGUAAAAAUAUUUAUUAUACUGUGAACUAAGAUAUGUCCAGUUGCUUUGUAAGACAAUACAUAGCCAACAUGACUUACGGCUUUCUCUUUGUGUCAUUUAUAAUAUAUUCCAACUCCUAACAUUCCUGAAUGCUUUCCUGCUUUUUGUCAAUUCAUAGCUCUAAUUUCAGGUUUUUCAUGCACCAUCCUUCUGUCUCCCAAGGAGCCAAAUGUUAAAAAAUAUAACAAAGUAAAAAAGUGCAUAAUUUCUAAGAGCUGUUUCUUUGCCAUGUAUUUACAAAUUACUUUUACAUGUUACUGAGUGUCCUGCACAUUAAAAAUAUUUUGCAAUUGUUUUAGAUGAAUCAUAAAGAUAAUGCAUCCAGUAAUACAAGAAAAUCAAACAACCCAAGGUAUCUCAGGAAAGAGUUUAUAAAAGAAUGUUAUGAUUAUAUGUAUGUACUAGCAUACUAGUCUACAGAUGAUUUUAUGGCAUAUUUUUAUAUUAGUUGCUUUGUGGAAAAAAGUAUUGUAUUGCUGUCACUGAGUGCCAUGGUUAAAGAUAGUUUUUAAUAGAACCAUGUUGUUUAA